AUGGAAAUGCAGAGGUCCCAGGAGGCCCCAGCCAAUUGCUCUCAGCUCCUCAACUAUCUGCCUACCUCCAGUGGCUUAUGGGGCACUGUCCUGCCCAGUUCUGCUAAGAUGCUCCUGGCCUCUCCCUCCACCCCAUCCAGGGGACGGACCCCCAGCGCUGUGGAGAGGCUGGAGGCCGACAAAGCCAAGUACGUCAAGACGCACCAGGUGAUAGCGCGACGCCAGGAGCCAGCUCUGCGUGGGGGUCCCGGGCCGCUCACCCCGCACCCCUGCAACGAGCUGGGGCCCCCUCCAUCGCCCAGGACGCCCAGACCUGCCCGCCGGGGCAGUGGCAGGCGGCUGCCAAGGCCUGAUUCCCUCAUCUUCUACCGCCAGAAGCGGGACUGCAAGGCUUCAGUGAACAAAGAGAACGCCAAGGGCCAGGGGCUCGUGCGUCGCCUCUUCCUGGGCGCCCCCCGAGACGUCGCUUCAAGCAGCCCAGGCUCAACGGAGCGACCCGCGGCUCCUGGGGGUUGGGCCGCGCCCCAAGAUGCCCCAGAAGCAGCGGGAAAGCGGGCAUUGUGCCCCACGUGCUCGCUGCCCCUGUCGGAGAAGGAGCGCUUCUUCAACUACUGCGGUCUGGAGCGCGCGCUGGUGGAGGUGCUGGGCGCCGAGCGCUUCUCUCCGCAGAGCUGGGGCGCCGACACCAGCCCCCAGCCCGGAACGUCGCCGCCGCCCGGCUCUGGGGACGCCAGCGACUGGACGUCCAGCGACGGCGGCGCAGAACACCGGGAGCGUGCGGAGGGCGGUGGCUCGGAAGCGGCGGGCUCGGCGCGGGACGGGCGCCCCCAGGUGUCGGUGGUGGAGCGCAACGCGCGCGUCAUCCAGUGGUUGUACGGCUGCCAGCGCGCCCGCGGCCCGCCGCGCGAGUCCGAGGUGUGA